UUGCCACAGUCUUUCUAUUUCUGUUUGUAAGUCUUUGUAUUUUAUCUUCUUCAGUUCUUUCUCGUCUAUUAUGGCAGUACCUGUGCGAUGAUCCGUAAUAAUAAUAAUAUUUGAACACAAUAUCUGCAAUUAACCAUGAAACUCUCUUCUUUUGGUCUACGACACCCCGAACCAUAUAUUUACCACAGAGAUUAGAUCUGAAUGACACACUAGGCUAAAAUGUCGUGGUCAAACCUAUGAUAUCAAGUGUGGUGGGAAUAGAACUAUAAUUAAAUGCUGGCCCGCAAAAGGUGACCGCUUCUUAUGUCUGAUCCAUACUAAAAUACCCGAAGAUGCAGGGUUAAAUAAAAUGGUUAUCUUUUAAAUACAGCAAUCAUCUGCAAGUAAAGUAGAUCUCCUUUAUAUGUCAGUCCCCCUCAUCAAAGGCACUGCUUGGCUUGGAGAGAAAGCAGGCAGCUGUUGCUGCUGUCAAUUGGUCUUGUGCUGGAGCAGGUCUGGCUGAUUCUCUCCCUGGCUCCCGCUGCCUUCUCUCAGCUGAUGACUUUGACAAAGCCCUUGCUUGCUGCCUCCUCCACUCCCUCUGGGUCGGAGCUCCAGAGGAGUUGCCUUUGUCUGUCCUCCACUUUUCCCGGGCAGUCCAGACGGAGACCGGCUUCUCCAUGGCCGACUCUCUUCUCAAUCAUUCUUGGCCAUCCUUCUCCAGGAGGUGGAUGAAGAGAUGGUCGUUCAAGCGAGGGUCAGACUGCAAGCGAAGCGCAGGAGAUUUCCCCAGCAAUCACGCUGCCUCCACCUCAGGGUGUAACAGCCCCAACACUUUGUCCCCAUCCUUGAUUGCUGAGGAUGAGGUCUUCUUUGGCAGCAUGGCAGAGGAGAGGGAAGAUGCCUCUUCUCCAGAACAGGACACACUUCCAUGUAUUGUUGACAGCAGCACUGAAGAUCUACUCUCUAUAGACUCUGCUCUCCAGGGAUCAGAGUAUUAUAAGGAUCUGGGAUUUCCUGCACCUACAGAGACGAAUAGUAACAUGCCCUUGCGGCUUGAUUGGACAUCACAGGAAACUCCUGGUUUUUGCUCAUCAGCAAAAAAUUCUACAGGUGGUGAGGAGAUACUCACCAGUGCUCAGAGCUUGGAUACACCUGCCUGUUUCGAGAUGUCACAUCACUAUUUGGAGGAAGUCUGUCCUUGUCCGUGCAGUUCUGAGAACCAGGGGAGCUUUGUCAAAGGUGAGCAGGAACAGCCACUGCAUGAUGAGGAAGGCUUUCCAGUUUUGACCAGGUCUAUGUCUACAUCACGGCGGCACAGCUGGGAAGGUCUUCAGUCUGCAACAGAUGCCCAGCGUAGGUUCAGCCUGGAUGCAUCAGAGCUAGGGAGUGACACAGAAAGGGAGGAAGAAAAGGAGAAGAGUCUCCCUGAUUUCUCCCCACCUCUGUCUUGGUCAGGACUAGAAACUUGGCAUGGUAGCGGUGUGAUCAAAGUGAAGGCUGAGCCUUUGUGUCAAAACGUGGGCCUUGUGGAAAAGCCUGGGAAUGUGGAUAGUGACAACAGUGGGAAGCGGCUGAGGUCCACUUCAGUCUCAUGUUCCUGUGGCAAUGUCCCCUCUCAACAUGUAUCCCAAAGCCUGGAUGUCCCACUUCCAAUCUCACUGGGUUAGUAGCCCUCUUUGGUUGCUAGUUAACAGGUUUUUUGGAAAAGAGAGAUGCUAUCAGAUGCAAAUACAUAUGAUGGGAAUAUAACACUUUCCAAAGGAAGGGACAUCAUUUAACCCAGAGCUGUCAAUCUUAGGACAGGAUAGAUGGACUUCUAGAAAUGAUUAAGCUAAUAAUUGAAGGGAAGAAGCAAAUAAUUGGAGGGAAGAAGCAAAUUUAAAAUUUGAACACUUUCCAUGCUUUGUAUAAGAUAUGUAAAUUCUUCAGCUAUAAAGCUAGGCAAGUUUUAAAUUCUUUUAUUUUCUAAAAAAAAAAAAAAAACAGUCAAUAUGUUCCUGAGAUGUUAAGUAUAGUUUUAUGUCUGUCUAUUUAUAAGAGUUCAUAUCUCACUGUUAUCACUGCACAAAAAUAUUAGAAAAAAUAUAUUUUAAAGAAUGAAAUUAAAAUAUAAAAUGUUCCUACAAAUAGGUAAGGUAGCAGUCACUUCUAUUUCAUUUCUAACUUAUUCAAAAAUAUUUGUACACUACAUUUGAGGGGGCUUGCAACGAAGAGAGGAAAUGUUUUUGUCUGCUUCUGUCUUUGAACAAUGGGACAAAUGUGCCAAUUUGUUUGCUUCCAGCUUCUUCUGGAGAGUAGUUAAGUUCAUAUGAAGCUCUGGUAGGGUUUGGCUUUAGUUUAGUGUGAUAUUUGAACCUAGAGAUUAUAAUUUAAUAUUAGGUAUAUGAACCAGGGCCCUGUGGAUUAUUCAAAAAAAUAUUUAAAAAUUCCUGGUACAAACUCUGUGGGAAAUUGGAUAGAGAACUGAAGAAUGAUUAUAAGGCUCUUUCAUAUCCCAAUCUUUUUAAAAUUGCA